AUGAGAUACCACAAGAGACAUGGAUUAGCCAAUUUGAAAAUAUGUAUAUCUAAUACCCUCAACGACAAUGUACCGACUAUUGAAACAGUGCGAAACGAUGUCAACGAUGAACCAGAAAUAAUCGAUAGAGGAAGUACAAAAAGAACUCACACUACAAUUCCAGAAGAUCAUAACCUGUGGCACGAUACUAGACGAAUGGAAAUAAUGUCAUGUACCGUUUUAACUGGAUCAGCAGUAAUUCUACUGGCAUUGGCGUCCCUGUUCGCUCUGCUAGGACAGUGUAACGGCGACAAUAAAACACUUAUUGCCAGCGGAUUCUUCAUUUUAGGGGGACUCUCUUUAGGAUUUGGCUUAGUUAUUUUCGCAACCGCUUUGUCGGAGACGUUGAGUGAAAUCAGGGAUUAUUUAGACGACGCCGAUUCUCCAACUCAAUAUGAUUACCGCUACGGAUGGUGUUUCUUCGGAAGUGGAACUGCUUUCAUCUUAGCGAAUUUGGCAGCACUUUUCUCCUUGUCUGGUUACCUCAACCGAUUUUCCUCAGUAGACGACAUGGUUCGUGAAAUGGUCCCUGGAGCCGACAGGAAGUUCAAGGAGCACCAGCGUUUUUCCGGGGAAUAUCUCCUGAAGCACACCGCCAUCCAGCCACGUCCAACUUACGAAAUAGAAGGCUGCCGCCCCAAAUUCGAGCACGAGAGCGUCCGCCCCGUACUCGAGGGCGAGUGCGGUCCCCUGCUCAACAAGACACCCCCUGACGUCUGCACUACGAACAAAUGCGUGGAGUUCGACGUUGCCGACUUGAACGCUGGCUCCUUUUUGCCCGGAGUGAUGGAAUACAACUGCGGUUCGAAUUCUCUGGCGGGCCAAACGGUGCCGAUCACGAUAAAAAAUCACACUCUGCCGCCGCCGGUGACUUACGCCAAUCUACCAUUGACCAAGUACGGAACCUUGCCGCAUCCCGGUACCACGCUGCACCAGGGUUUUCUCGGGGUGUCCGAUCUCGGCAGUUCUAGUUCGAACAGUUCGAGUGGCUACUGUUCCAAGAGCAAGACAUUGCAGCACCAACGGCCGGCGAAGAAGAAGUGCGUUAAAAUAGAGACGUUUCAAACGCCAGAAACUGGAUUUUGCGAGUUCGGUAAAAAGGUUAAUACGCUGCAAUAUUCAGGGAGUGCCGUAUGACAAAUGGUCGACGAAGUUUGAGUAGCAUAUUCUAAAGAACUGAUCGAUUAUUUUUGGUUACUUAUCCGUGAAAGUUUAUAACAAGAUGAAAGUCAUCAUUGAUACCGAAAAUUCGCCGUUAUUUGAUUCAUGACAAUAUUCGUUGAAACCGAAUUUGAGCUUUAUCGAUGUCAGAUGUAGUCAUGAACUGACAGAAGCCUCCUCAUAUUCAUAA